CUUGUGUUUCAAAGGUGGCCCAUAUAAACGUUCCCCUGCGCUUGUCCUGUUCGCGUGUUUUUUUAAGGAUACAUUAAAGGGGGAGAGGGCAGAUGUUUAUUCUAUAACGCGCAGACGGAAAAACAAAACAGCGUCUAAACCAAGCGGGCAUUGCGCCGAGACGUCAGGUACGCUGUGAAACAGCUUCAUCACGUUGCCUUAAGAGCGAACGGGAUGUUUGCAAGACGCGACAUUCUUGUGAGAACUUGCCUUGAACGUGAAGGCAGGAAAUAACGCACGCAGCUCUGCUCAGUGGCACAUUGUGCGCAACAGGGAAGUGAACCGUGGCUGCUUUCCAACGCUGCUAAAAGUUCUCCGCCCUGCGCCUGAAGUUGACUUUCUCUGCGUCCGAAAUAAGGAAAGAAGAAAACCAAACAACUUCCACUUUUCCGGCUUUGCUGAGAGACGAGGCCAGUCCUGAAAGCGAGUUAUUGAUGUAGGAGUACGUCAGGAGGAUAGUCUGUCGGAACUUAUGAGUCGGGAGAGAAGGAAGAGGCGACGGCCACAACAACUGUUCUUGUUCUGAAGCUUUACAGAAGAACUGCUUAAUUAUGGCCCAGUGGUCGGAGAUGACUAUUCUACUGACUGGAAUGCAUGAAAACACAGUCACCAACCUGUAUCCCCCAAACCUCUUCCCAAUUGAAGCCCGGCAUUAUCUUGCUAGCUGGAUUGAAGAACAGAGCUGGGACGAUUUUUCCUUGGAAAAUACCGAGCAAGAGGCCAGGGCAAAGGCUCUUCUGGGCCAGAUACUUCAACUUUUGCAGGUGGUUUCUCAGCAGAAUGUGAGCAACAUAGUGGAAAAGAUGAAGCUGAUGCAGACGUGCAGGUCUUUGGUUGAUAAACCAGCUCUGGAGUUUGCUGUGAUGAUGAAAAACAUUCUGUGGAAAGAGAGGAUUUUAAUCAAAGAGUACAAGUACAAGGAAUGUAAGACAAGUCCUGAAGAAGAGGCUAUGAAUCAACUUAAUGAAAAGGUGGCUCAGGUUCAGGCGCUCAGAAAAAGGAUAAACACAAUGCAAGAAGAAUACAACUGGGAUAAGCAAAACUUCGAAAUUAAGAAAGCCUCGUUGACGCCAAAUGAAGUUACAAAGGAAACAAAGAAAGAAUUGGAGGCCCUCGUGAUGAAAAUCAAACAAGCUCAGUUUGAAAUGCAACGAUUAAGUAGGGAACGUUUUGAGGUGCUAAAGGAUUGUGUCGAUAAUUUGGCAAGAUGUCAGGAGGAAUUCUUUAACAAGUUGACUGUAUGGAAGAGUGAGCAGCACAAAUCCCUGAUAGGAUUUCCCUUUAUGGACGACCUCAGCCCUCUGCAGACCCGGGCUGAGCAGCUGUUUGCAGUGAACAGUAACCUUAACCAGGAGGUUUCACUGAUUCCUGAGCACAUCCAAGACAUCAGAGAAAGGCUGCAUAAACUUCUUCAGCUUCUGCUUCAAAGCUCUUUUGUAGUUGAAAGACAGCCCCCUCAGGUCAUUAAAACCCAGUCAAAGUUCUCGGCAACUGUGAGAUAUCUGCUGGGAGAAAAACUAGCACCUGGAAAGCCUGUGCAGGUCACUGCAGAUAUUGUUAAUGAACAGCAGGCCAGGAGCAUGACUAUUGAACAGAGAAUGUUUGGGGAGCUCAUCAACAAUACAUCGGUCAUGGAUAAAAACACAGCCACCAGGACCACAAAUGCUACCUUCAGAAACAUGUCCAUAAAGAAAAUAAAACGAGCAGACAGAAAGGGAGCUGAAUCAGUGACAGAGGAGAAGUUUGCACUCCUGUUCACCGCAAAAAUCUCCAUCUCUACUAAUGAUGCGUUUUUCGUUGUAAAGAUAAUCUCCCAGCCUGUGGUCGUCAUUGUUCAUGGCAGUCAGGACAACAACGCGUUAGCCACCAUCAUAUGGGACAGUGCAUUUUCUGAACCAGACCGUUUGCCCUUCGUCGUCCCAGAUCGUGUACCUUGGAAGAUGAUGGUUGAAACUCUAGACAAUAAGUUUUGCUUAGACGUCCAGACAAAUCACCACCUUAACGCUUUCAACAAGCACUUCUUAGCCCAGAAGAUUUUUGACAGGCCUGAUUAUGCAGAUGACUUCAGCAACAUGAUGGUUUCUUGGUGCCAGUUUAAUAAAGAGAUCCUCGCACAGCGAAAUUUCACUUUCUGGCAAUGGUUUGAGGGAGCAAUGGAUCUCACCAAGAAACAUCUGAGGCCCUACUGGAGUGAUGGGCUUAUAUUUGGUUUCAUCGGGAAGCAACAUAUACAACAUGUUCUAAAACAGUGUACCGAUGGGACAUUCCUGCUGCGCUUUAGUGACUCGGAGAUCGGAGCCAUCACAAUCGCUUAUGUGACCUAUGAGAAUGGGAUGACGAUGUUCAAGAACCUUCAGCCUUUCACCAAGAGAGAUCUUGAGAUACGCUGCCUUGGUGAUCGCAUUCGAGAUAUUAACGAUAUAACAUACCUGUAUCCUAACUUGUCGAAAAAUGAGGCUUUCAAAAAGUUCUACACAGGGCGUCCACAGGCAACCAAUUCGGGCUACAUUCCGGUGUCUUUGCAGACUAAAGUUGGCCCUGAACUCGAAGUGCCAUCUACCCGACGAGGAACAAUUACUCAAUGGUCUCAGCCGAUUCCUACACUAGUCGACCCUCUGAUUACGGACCUGUCCCUGGAGGAAGACCAGGGGCGUCUCGGCGUGAGCCGAGCGCCAGGCUCAGCUGCAGCUAGAAAGAGCAAGUCCAAGCCCGUAUAG